GCCACUAGUGCCGUCAUGUCCGCAGAAACAGUAGAUCGGUGGAACGCGAUACCCAUGGUCCGUCAAGACGCCAGUUCAUCCCAAGCCAACGCCGCACACGAGAAGCGCCCACGCCCGGAUGAUGCAAUGGACGAUGAUGAUGAUGAUGAUGACGGCGACGACAAUAUGUCCAUCGUCUCUCGGUCACCAUCUCCUCCCCUUCCUGGCGAAAGCGACAUAACCAAGUAUGACGAGUACAUACGCAAACCAGAGCAGGAGGUCAUCACUGUUGAGACCAAAAUCAAGAGCUCUAACGUGGGUUUCGCAUUACUCGCGAGACUUGGAUGGAAAGAGGGACAGCCUCUAGGCUUAUCGCCUGACGCGCGGGUCGACCCCAUCCCAUUCAACGUCAAAAAUGACGCUACCGGGCUGGGAAAGAUAAACCAGGACGUUGAGAUGAUCGAGACAACCGUCUCUCAGCGGCGAGAGCUAGACUCCGAACGCAUGCGCAAAGAGACUGCUGACCAGCGUAAAGCGCGAGAGGACUCCAUGGCUAAGAAAGAGGCGGUCAAAGCUGAAAUUGCAGACACGCUACGGGCCUUUUAUUGCUCGCUCUGCGAGAAACAGUUCCAAACCGUAGCCCAAUAUGAUGAGCAUACUAAUUCGUAUGCUCACCAUCAUAAAGCGCGUUUCCGGGACAUGCAGCAGUCAGCUCAGCGUAUGGUCUCCCAGGAAGAGGUUGAUAAACGGAAGGAAAAGGAGAGAAAGAGGGAAGAGAAAGAACUGAGGAAGCUCGCAAAGGCACAAGGGAUCAAGUUUGCGAAGCCAGCUACAACGUCGACUUCAACACCCUUAGCUCCCGCUACGGCAGCACCCCCAGAUGCCACUUCUGAACCGAAGCCGCCGGCUACUGGUUUCAAAAAAGCUGGCUGGGCUUCGGUCAGUUCUGUGGCGGAGCCCAGCCCCAGCAGAUUUGCUGCGGCUCCAGCUACUUCCUCACCACCCAACACAGUUCCGCCUUCAUCUACUUCCGGUAAACACGCACCCGCACCCGCAUUUCGAAACGCAGGCUGGACCUCUCUGGACACCCAAAGCUCCAGCUCGGCGACUCUUCCUCAGUCGUCCGCACCUCCGUCCGCGCCACCCCCGCCUCCCGAGUCAGGCCCGCCGCCACCGCCAUACGCACCGCCGUCCAGUAGCGGAUGGGCCUCCCAAGUCUUCGUGGCAACAGUGGAAAAAAGGGGGCGCGCCUAA